CACGAAUCAGGCAGCAUCUGCAUUAAACAAGGAGAUGAGAUGCGAUGUUUUAAGUGGCCUGUUAAAGACUCUCGAGGGAAGAAAAGAAUGCUAUUAGUUAAAUUCUCAGCUACCAUCCACUGGAGUCAUCCAUGGCUCUUAGGAGCCAUUUGAGGUGCCUCUAAGGACUAGAGCUUCGGACCUAUCCGCUCCAUUACAUCCUUAAUCCCUUUUGGAUCUUUGUUGACCUUUGUUACACUCCUCAUCGGCUCCUGUUUUCUUCCUACAUACCCUUCUCCCUCCUCUUGCUUCAUCUUCCCUCCUCUCUUUUGUGUCUCCAAGCCCCGGGCUUUAUUACUCAAGCCCACUGAUCGGGAGCAACGCACAGUAGUUGGCAAAGGAUGAGGCGUGCAAGCUCGCCAACACCAGAUAGAAGAUAAAAGACAGAGAAAAGACUGGCACCAAGGACGAGUGACAGAGAGAGAGAGAGACGGUGGGAACAACUGUUGGAGGGAGCUACAACAAAGCUUUGACAGGCAGCAAAAACAAUCACGAUGCCACGACAAAGGAAAGACACAAGUUUUACUUGAUUGUCAUGAGCCAGCUCCACGCUCCUACCAAGAAAAGGAAGCGUUAGCCAUGCCAGCCAAGGGAAAGUACCUGCUGAAUAACCAGGAGCUCAGAAAUGAGGCGCUCUACCGCAGAUUCUCCUGCAUCAGCCAGUAUCAGCCGCUGGCACUGAUGCUGUUGGGCCUCUCCAUACUCCUCUGUGCAAUUUUCCUCAUCGUUUUCUUUGCCCUUUCGCUGAGUACGGAUGGAAAUCGUCCCUUUGUGAGUGUGGUGGGCAGCAGCCUGUUUGUGUUCGUAGUUGUGUUUCUGCUGGUGUGCACAGAGAUUCUCUCGCAACGAUGGAGGGUUUGGCUGGGCCUGGUUAUCUGGAUCACACACCUAACCCUUGGAUACACCUUCAUCUUCAGCUACGAUGUCUUACCUUGGGACCAGGUGCCUUUCUUCCUCUUUAUCAUCUUCACAGUUUAUACCAUGCUACCAUUCCAGCUGUGGCACGCUGUGGUGCUCAGCGUCAUCACCUCCUUGUCUCACAUUCUAGCCCUCACACUGCAUUUAGCAACUGCAGAGAACCCACCAGAGUACCUUGCCUACCAGCUUGUGUCCAAUGCUGUGGUGUUUCUGUGUGGCUGUGGAGUUGGAGCGUUUUAUAAGGUUCUUAUGGAAAAAACGCUACGGCAGACCUUCCAAGACACUCUGAGGUGCCUAAGCAUGCGGGUAAAGCUUGAAAUAGAGAAGAGACAACAGGAAAACCUGCUGCAGUCUGUGCUUCCUGUUUAUAUCUCCAUGAAGAUGAAACUGGCAAUAAUGGAGCGGUUACAAGACUGUAAAGAUAAAGACGAGCAGCAGCGACUUGUGAAGGACAACAACUUUCACAGCCUUUAUGUCAAGAGACAUGAGAAUGUCAGUAUCCUGUAUGCAGACAUUGUUGGCUUCACUCGUUUGGCCAGCGACUGUUCUCCUAAAGAGCUUGUAAUUAUGCUCAAUGAACUGUUUGGCAAGUUCGACCAAAUUGCCAAGGAAAAUGAAUGCAUGAGAAUUAAGAUCCUGGGAGACUGCUACUACUGUGUGUCGGGCCUGCCAGUAUCACUGCCAAAACAUGCAAAGAACUGUGUUAAAAUGGGGCUGGACAUGUGUGAAGCCAUCAAGCAGGUACGGGAAGCCACUGGAGUAGAUAUCAACAUGAGAGUGGGUGUUCACUCAGGCAAUGUGCUCUGCGGUGUGAUCGGCCUCAGAAAGUGGCAGUUUGAUGUAUGGUCACAUGAUGUUACCCUGGCCAAUCAUAUGGAGUCAGGAGGCCUCCCAGGCCGUGUCCAUAUCACAGAGGCAACUCUAAAGCACCUCAACAAGGCCUAUGAAGUUGAAGAGGGCAACGGCCACCUCAGAGACCCUUACCUAAGUGAACUCAAUAUCCAGACAUACCUAGUCAUCGAUCCAAGGUCGAAGGAUCCAUCACUGAACACCAAGCGCUCUACCAGACCCAUCGUAAAUCAUGGCCUGAAGAUGAGGGCGUCAGUCCGUAUGACCCGUUACCUUGAAUCCUGGGGGGCCGUUAAACCUUUCGCCCACCUGCAGAGCCGGGAAGGCUUUACGUCUGACAACAUCGGUACUGGGAAGACACGAUUCAAGGACAUUCCUUUACGACCAACCACAGGCUUCAAGAACACUGAUAGCUUUGAUGAGUCGCUUGAAGACCCAUACUCCUUGUCCAACCCUCCACUCAGCAACCAUAAGAUCAAAUCCCAGAAGACUAAGUUUGAUGAGCAGCUGCACAACGAGAUGACCACUACGAUAGACGAGCUCAGCAGCAAGCAGUGGUCGAAUUCUGAAGAGAGUGGGAGUUCAGCUUUAUGCUUUCCAAAAAAAGAUGUAGAAAAACAGUACCGAGCCCUGGAUUUACCGAUGUUCAAGCAUUAUGUUGCCUGUGCAACCUUCAUAUUCCUCUGUAUCUUCGUGAUUCAAAUGCUCAAUGUCACAGAUAAACAGAGGUUGUCGAAGUUCUUCGGAGUGUCGUUGUGUAUUCUGCUGCUGACUUUGACCAUCUGCUAUGCAGGUCAUUUGCAGCGCCUGUUUCCACGCAAGCUGUCAGGGUGUCAGUGGCUGCCGGCUGUAUCGGAGGCGGUGGUUAAGCGGCCGUUUGUGCGCCUCCCUCUGGCAACCGUUACCACUGCCGUCAUCGUUGUCCUGGCACUGUUUAACCUGUGCUUUGCCCAUAUGGAUCAGGAGAACGGAGCUGACUUGUCACUGCCCUACUCGGUAUGCUGCUGUAUCCUGUCACUCAUCGCAUGUGGGGUUUUCCUGCGAGUGAGCUUUGAGCUCAAAGUGGUCUUCCUCAUUGUUGUGUCCGUCGUGUACUACUACAUCAUCUUCUGCAAGGAAUACCACUUCGAAAGCUUCGAUAAGUCGUUCAACAGCAGCUUUAACUGCAGCGAGAGAAAAAAUGAAACCUUGAGCAGCUGCAUCGUGCUUGUAAAACACCUGCAGAUUAUGAGCGGCAUUUACAUCACCCUGUUUCUAAUAACCAUGCUCAUCAUAUCAAAACAGUACGAAAGCUGCUUUCGGCAGGACUUCCUGCUUAAGCACAAGAACCGCACAGAGCAGGACGAGAUCGAGACGAGGGAGAACCUGAAUCGUCUGCUGCUGGAAAACGUGCUGCCUGCCCACGUGGCAUCACUGUUCGUCGGUGAGAACAAGAAGAACGAGGACCUGUACUCCAAGUCAUAUGACUGUGUGUGCGUGAUGUUUGCCUCUGUGCCGGAUUUCAAAGAGUUUUACACCGAGUGUGAUAUUAACAAGGAGGGCUUGGAAUGCCUUAGGCUGCUCAAUGAGAUCAUCGCCGAUUUUGAUGAGCUGCUCUCUAAACCAAAGUUCAGCGCCGUGGAGAAGAUCAAGACAAUUGGCAGCACUUACAUGGCAGCUGCGGGGCUCAGCGGGACGCCUGGGCAGGAAAACCAUCAGGACACAGAGAGGCAGCAGGCUCAGAUAGGAAUCAUGGUGGAGUUUGCCAUCGCCAUGAUGGGCAAGUUGGACGGCAUCAACAGACAUUCCUUCAACAGCUUCAGGCUUCGAGUGGGAAUUAAUCAUGGCCCAGUGAUAGCUGGAGUUAUUGGAGCGAGGAAACCACAGUAUGACAUCUGGGGCAACACCGUGAACGUUGCCAGCAGAAUGGAAACCACUGGAGAAAUGGGGAAGAUUCAGGUAACAGAGGAAACCACUGAAGUGCUGCAGAAGCUGGGCUACUCCUGCGAAUGCCGAGGACUCAUCAGCGUCAAAGGGAAAGGGGAGCUGAAAACCUUCUUUGUGUGCACGGACACGAGCAAACAGCAAGGCAUGGGGCUGAGCUGAGGCCGGGCCGCAGCCAACAGAGCUGGAUAGACUCAGAUACGCCAGCUGAAGAGGUUACAGACUCCCGCACGUCACAAACGUCAGCCUGGAUGUUAAUGCGUGUUCCUGCUGACAGAAAAAACAAACAAAAUGGCACCUUUCCUGCUUCAGUAUGUGGUGGAUACAAGUGGGACCAUUUAGUUAGAUCAGAAGAUCUAUCAGAAGACCAUCUUUUUUUUUUCUAUUUACAAUAAAAACAUUAAUGUCAUGUACUUUUCUACUUUUUAUUUGUUUCUAAUCGAAUGUGAUAAAAAAAAAUAAUGUAUUAAUGUCAGUUUAUUCUUGCAGAUCCUGUUAGAUAUUAAGUUUAACCAGAAAGCACUAAAUGAAAGGAUGCUUUAUGGGAGUAAACUGUGUUUAUCUAAUUAGCCAAGACACGACUUUUGCUGUGAAUUUCAAAAUUCAAAUUCAGUCAGUCCUUUAUCUCUGUUAGUUUGCCUAUUUAAAAGAAAAGGAAUAGUUCUGCCUAAUAAACAGGUAUUCUGAAUGAACCGCUCACCUCAUAUUCAGGUAUUGAAGGCAGCUCUCCUGCCUGGUUUAAGCUUCAAUCUUCUCACCUUUCUAAACAGACCUUUAAGUUUAGGUACAAUUCUUUAUGGUCACAUUCCCUGGUUCCUGCUGUGCAGUUUGACCACUUUAACAGCUUACAUGUUUCAGAGGAGCAAUGCUGAAUUUCCUUCAUUACUCUUGUUUAUUCCAACCCAGUUCAGAAAAUGUAUAUAUAUUCUGCUGCCUUUUGGUUUCCUAAUGUGCAGCAAGGUGGGAAAUGUUCUGCAUUUCCUCAGCUGUGCAAGCGAACCACCUCCCUGCUGUGAUUUUAGUUGAUUUUUCUGGCCACCAUAACACUGUUGGUGCCUCUGAAUCCGUCUCGUGGCCUUGUCGUCUCAAACCAACAUCUCGACUGUAAUUGCUGUUGCAUAAUGUUGUAUUGGCCUUUCUGUGAACAAAUGUGACAUUGACUUUUUGUACAGUGACAGAAUGUAAUAAAUGUUU